CCGACGCCAGGCGGAUCCACGAUCGCCGACGUUGCCGUUCAAAAUGGCGGGCCAAGAUCGUUUUGUUGUGUGUUCUGGCUGCUGAAAAAAAAAACGACUCUUCAGGAUGCGUUGGCUUGGAUGCUUUUGUUGCAAACGCCGCUAGUGCUUGCAGGCGGGAUGCGUAGCCGGUCGAGUGGCACCCAAUGAAAGACCCUCCCCCGGGGGCCUGCUGUGCGUCGUCGGCGGUGGAUGGCCAGCCGGGCAGUAGCCACCAGGGGGCCUUGACCGGGGCGGCGGUGCCCUCUGGCGGCGGCGGCUUCGAUGACGACUACAACGAGUGGGAGCUGGGCAUUGGGGAUCUCAUCAUCGACCUGGACGCCGACAUAGAGAAGAGCAACGACCCCAUGGCCUCCUCCUCGGCCGCGGCCUCCCCGCCCGUCGAGCACCAGGCAACCGUGGACAAGGGUCUUAAGAUGAAGAUCAAGCGGAAGAACCUGGCCAAGCACGAAAUAGUAAAGGCGCAAGACACUGGUGCAUCCCCACCACCUUUGGCACCACUGCCAAGCACUAAGCACUCGUCAUCGUCCGUGUCGUCCUCAUCGUCAUCAUCAUCGUCAUCCAAGAGCAGCGGCCGCAGUGGAUCUCACAAGAAGAAGCGCAUCGAAAACGGGGCCUCACCCCCACGCCUCCAGUGUUCUCUGGGAGCUCCCCUUCCUCCUCCCCCUCCCCCCUCUCUGUCCCCUCCUCCUGCCCCCACUGUUCCUCCAUCAUCCCAGGCACCUUCCACCACCUCUGCUGUCCCACCUGCCCCCAUGGAGCAGACGGCUGCAAACGGUGUGCCAUCAUCACCCCCAGAGGAAGGUAGCAGCAUGCCAGCUGGCUCAGCGACCUUGCCAACACUGGAGGAAGCUGCCACUGCUACUGCCACUGCUGCUGCUGCUGCUGAUGCAACAAAGCGAGUGAUAAAGGUGGAGUGCCCGGACAGUCCUGCAAAGGUUGUGGCAGCGAGUACCAGUGUAGAGCGGAAGGAUAGCGGCGUGCUGUGCACGUCGGUGGGAACCAUCACCGAGCCCGAUUGUCUGGGGCCCUGUGAGCCCGGAACUAGUGUCACUCUCGAGGGCAUUGUCUGGCAGGAGACUGAAGGCGGUGUGCUGGUGGUGAACGUGACAUGGCGAGGCAAGACGUACGUGGGCACCCUGCUGGACUGCACAAGGCACGACUGGGCCCCUCCACGGUUUUGUGAGUCUCCCACUAGCGACUUGGAUGCUAAGGGUGGCCUCCCCAAGGGGGGACGUCCAAAGAGGGCUCGGGGUGACGCCGAAGCAUCGGCCCGCGCAGCUCCUGUCCAGGGAAAGCUUCGCAACGGGAAAGGGCGCCGAUUUGCAGUCCCCUGCAGUCCAGCCAAGAAUGAGGGUCGCCGCCGGAACAAGCCACCGGAGUUGGAGCUCAGUCCUCCUGACAAGAAGAGGGCCCGGGCGCGGAGUACGCCCACUCCCGAGGCUCCCUGCUCCCCGGCCCUCAUCCUGUGCCCGGAGCCCAAUUGCGGCAAGAAGUACAAACACAUCAACGGCCUGCGCUACCACCAGAGUCAUGCGCAUGGGUGUGGGGAUGCAAAGGGGGGUGAGGAGGAGACGUCCGAUGGCGGAGAGGAAUGCAGUAGGCCACCCAGUCCUGAUUUAGCACCUCCGGCGGAGGAGGCACCUCCAACACCUGCAGUGGUGCAGGCGCCAGCAGCAGCAGCAGCCGCCGCCGCCGCCACUGCAGCCGCAGCCACAGUCGCAGCAUCUACACCGACAUCAACAACACCAGUUUCGGCGACACCCUCCCCCGCACCCCCCAUGCCCCCCACUUCUCCCGUGUCUGUCACUGUCAGCAUCCCAACGUCACAAGUGUUUUCGUUUGUGCCUGCGAGUGCGCCACGAGCUUCCACUCCCCCACGCCCUUCUGUUGUGUGUGGUCCUGCAGCCCCGUGUUCUCCCGAGUCGCCCCACGUGAAUGUGGCGCCCCCGAGUCCAGCGAAAGUGCUCGCAACAACUGUGGAGACUCCUCCUCCGCAGUCUGACCCCAACCGACCCCACAAGAGACCUCAUAAAAAAAGCAAGAGCCGCAAGCCAGACGGCAAUGGCUCAGUGGUUAUGCAGGAUGAGGUAGGGCCAGAAGGUGCUCCGCCUUCCCUUGCAGAGUCUGGACCACCACAAGAGCAGGCCCCACCACAUCUGGAGGAGAGCGUUCAGAGUCCAGCGUAUUCGGACAUAUCUGACGAUGCUGCUCCUUUGUUAGAAGCGGCAAAGGAUAAAGAGCCUCCUCGCACAUCCUCUGAACUGUAUGGUGUGUACCCUUACUUUGGGCAGCCCCCAUACCUUCUCCCUGGGGUGCAGGCACCCGAGGGAAAGCCUGUGUCCAUAGCUGGACCAGGAUCAUCAGUUGAUGAAGACUCUAAAAAGGAUGUCAGUAGUCGAGACAAAACAACCAAGGAAGCUGGCACUUCCCGUCCCCAGGAAGGGAAGAAGCCAGACACAGACUUUCCUCAGUUUCCUCCUUAUUCCCUGUGUGCAGCUAGCCCCUUUGUGCAAGGCACUCCAGGAUUUUCUUACGACCCUUACCGUGUACAUUUAGUGGAGCCGCCCUUCAAGGAAGACAAAGGUGCCGCUGCUUCAAGCAAGGAACCCACCGCAGAUAAGGCCCCACCACCUGAGAAGGCUCCCCCUCCUUCAAGACCAUCCAUGACACCCCGCCGACCAUCUCCCGAGCCACCCCCUGCAUUGACCAAGGACCUUGAGUGCAAGGAGGAACCCAAGCCGGAGACCAAGUGGCCCUAUGAUUCGCUGUAUGAGCAACGGUUAUUCUACCUUCGCCCUGAGCAGACAGCACCCCCUCCUGCCCCUCCUGCUGAAAUUGUUCCCAAGGAGGAUCUAAUCACACGUUGUGAAAGGGAAGCAGCAGAGCCAACCGAUCUGGUCGUAUGCCCCGCGCCAUUUCGGUCCCCUAACCUCGUGGCGCCCUUGGUUUGUAGUGCCCCCAAGCCCAUGGAAGCAGGCGCCGCCACAGAGACCCUACCGUGUGAUGCCAUGAUAGCAAGCCAGCAGGCAGCUGCGUGCGCCGUGGCAGCCUCAUCAAACCUGCACCCGUUUGUGCCCAAGUGAGGCUUCCCCACAGUACCUGGCGGGGAGGUGCAACGACCACCCCGAUGUGUAAAUAACCGCUGCUGUGUGUGGUGUGGGGCCCGAACUGGACCGCCUGAUGUGCAAAAGAAGGCCCCCUCCCUGCUGUGACCCCGCCCAGCUCCCUCACAAGCUUGCGUGCCCUCCCACCUCGUGAGCGUGAUGUGUAUGUGCGUGUGUGUGCGAUUGUUGCUGCCACUCGCGUGCGGCUGUGGUGCGAACCCGGUUUCCCCACCCUGUGUACAUAGCGCGACAUGACUGACCCCACCUCCAUUCCUGCGACUCCCCAGCAGUGGCUUUAGACGCGUGCUCUCUAUCAUCAUCCCCUCUGACACUGCCACGACAGCGCCGUCUUCUGUGAGGAUGGCAUCACCACUCCCCACCUCCCCCCUCAUCCCGUUUCUGAUGCUGCUUCUCAGAUCAUCUCGGUGACUUCGCUGGAGCCUCCAAUCUGACAUUGCGAACGAGAUGUUCUCUGUGCCCUCCUUUUACAACCCUCUCGAUGUUGAUGUGUGCAUAGAAGGUGUGGUGUAUCUACAUGCCAAGCAAGUUUCUCCAACGACGAAGAAAAAAGGAGUGUGCGCUGCUGUUGAGUGUUUUAUAAGGAGGCGGGGUCCUCCUUAGACACCCCCAUCCCCACCCCCUCCUUUUCUCAGUUUUUCAUUUCCACUCACCUUUAUGGGCCUGCCCCCUCCUUUCCCUGCCCUGUUCAAUUCUCCCAGUCUUGGGAGGCUGUACAAAGUGUUAAAUAUUUCGUGGUACUGUUUCAUUGUAAGCUAUAGUUUCAUAUUAUCCACUCUAUUAUUUUUCUCCACUACUUUCUCCUUUACCCAUCCUGCUGUGCCUGGUUUGCAGCAGAGUUAUCCCUUCCUGCCCACAUCCCCACCACCCUCAAUAUUCUGUUGGUGUCCUAGUGACUGUAUUUUUACGAAGGCAAAUACAGUUGUGCCUUUGAGCACCUCUAGUCCUCUCUUGCAGCUCUGCUGAUUGCGCUAGGUAAGGAGGAACUAACUGCUAGGCACUGUCAACUCAUGAGACACCUUGGGGAAUUGAGAAAAAAAGAAAAGCUCCUGUACAAAGAAGUGCCGGGUUCGAGUCAUGUUUGUGCAGCGUGUACCCCAGGUGUCAAAAAAACGUUUGGAAUUACAUGUUCAUUUUUCAAACGUU